AUGUCGCUCAUACCACACGCAGGCAUCUACACCGAGGGUACCGAUAUCCCUUCGGUGGACUGUCUAAUUAUGGGUCGGCCCACGAAGAGCUCAGUGCUUUUUCAACAAAUGAUUGGCAGAGGUCUGCGACUACACCCGGGCAAGGAGAAUUGCCUGGUACUGGAUGUGGUGGAUGUUGUCAACAAGCACGACUUAGUCACGCUCCCUACUUUGCUAGGCUUGUCUUCAGAGUUCAAGUUGGCUGGUCAUGAUCUUAUUCAG